GGAUGUGGUGAGUAGUGUUGAGUAGUGUAUGCUGUUGGAAAAACCCUCCUGGCUGGAACCGGGAGGCAGCGAUUGCAACACUGACAGGCUUGUUGCUUACCCCCUCAGAUGUGAUUCAUGUGGUGCCUUGCUCAAUUUGACUCAAAACAUUCCAGUGUAGUGCUGGCGUGAGGAUUCCUUGUUCUCUUUUUUUAUGGUGAACACACAAGGUGGUUCUUGAAGGUAUAUGGAGCGUAUAUAGAUCAACUGUUGUUUUAACUUUCACACGCUUAAGUGUUUAAUCACAAUUUAAAGGCAUACAAUCUGCAUUUGAAAUCCAUCACAUGAAAGUAAGACAACACAAUCCACUCCACUUUUGAGUGUUGAACUGAACGUCUGACCUGUGGCACCGUGGUCUCGGUAACAGUGUGUGUUGGUUCAGGGUAUGGGGGAAGGGGGUCAGAGUUCGGGGGCGCUAUGUACCCGUCAAGCUCCCUCAGUCGAGGAUCUCAAGGCGACGGGCGGGAAGGUUGAGAAGAUGCAGAUGAAGCGGGAGAUCUCGCUGAUCAACGGCAUAUGCCUCAUCGUCGGCAACAUGAUCGGCUCGGGCAUCUUCGUGUCGCCCAAGGGGGUUCUGAUGCACAGCGGCUCUUACGGCCUGUCACUGGUCAUCUGGGGCCUUGGGGGCGUCUUCUCCGUGUUCGGCGCGCUUUGCUACGCCGAGCUCGGCACCACCAUCACCAAGUCGGGCGCCAGCUACGCCUACAUCCUUGAGUCCUUCGGUGGUUUUCCGGCAUUCAUCCGCCUGUGGACGUCGAUCCUGCUGAUCGAGCCUGCCAGCCAGGCAGUCAUCUCGCUCACCUUCGCCAACUACCUGGUGGAGGCCCUGUACCCCACCUGCCAUCCCCCCUACGACGCCAUCCGACUCAUCGCUGCUGCUUGUCUAUGUGUACUGAUCUUCAUCAACUGUGCGUACGUGAAGUGGGGAACGCUUGUCCAGGACAUCUUCACGUACGCAAAGCUCAUGGCGCUCAUCCUGGUCAUCGUCAUGGGGAUCCUCAAGAUCUCUUCAGGGGAGACAAGGAACUUUGACGCUCCAUUCGAAGGGUCUUCUUCGGAGCCCGGAGCCAUUGCCCUGGCUCUUUACUCUGCACUCUUUUCCUACUCGGGCUGGGACACGCUCAACUUCGUCACAGAGGAAAUUCAGAAUCCGGAGAGGAACCUGCCACUGGCCAUUGCCGUCUCUAUGCCCAUAGUGACCAUAAUCUACCUGUUGACCAACGUGGCGUAUUAUGUGGUGCUGGACAUGCCGUCCCUGUUGGCUAGCGAUGCAGUGGCUGUGACCUUUGGGAACGCCGUCUUGGGCCCUUUCAGUUGGAUCAUCCCAGUGGCGGUGGCCAUGUCCUGCUACGGAGGACUCAACGCCUCCGUCAUCGCCGCCUCGCGGUUGUUUUUCGUGGGGGCCAGAGAGGGCCACCUUCCAAACAGCCUGAGUUUGAUCCACAUGGAGCGAUACACUCCCAUUCCUGCACUGCUGUUCAAUGGCCUGAUGGGCCUGAUCUUCCUUUGUGUGGAGGACGUCUUCCAGCUCAUCAACUACUUCAGCUUCAGCUACUGGCUCUACGUGGGCCUCUCCGUCGCCGGCCUUAUCUACCUGCGCUACACCCAGCCGCUCAGACACAGACCUGUCAAGCUGCCUCUGGUCUUCCCCAUCCUCUACUGUGUAUGUAGCCUGUUUCUGGUGGUGGUUCCUCUCUACAGCGACACCAUUAACUCCCUCAUAGGGAUAGGGAUCGCUCUCUCUGGGGUCCCUGUCUACUACGUGGCCAUUUACCUGCCUGAGGACAACAGACCCAAACUCAUCGGCACAAUGAACGCCUUCUUCACCAGGUACACCCAGAUGCUUUGUUACUGCUGCCUCACCGAGCUGGACACCGAGACCGGGGCCCCAAUGGUUGAUGAAACACAGUGAGGGGGGUCCCAGUCGGCAGCACCCCACAAAACACCAACUGUGCCUGGACACUCCCAGAGCAUAGAGCGGAUCGGAGUAUGCUAUCCUCAUCAUCAUCAUGGAUGUGGGAAGGCAGCAUACUGUCUGUCCAUUUCAGCGACCUGACAACGUAAACAAACACACUGCCAUCAAGAGGAGGAGGAGGAGCAAAGCUUGAUUGUGUUUCAUUAAAGGAUACCAUCGGGAUAUUUCUACCUUGACAAUAUUUUCCCAUCAUUUUUGGUUUAAAAGACUAAUGCAUAGCACAAUUUAUUUUAAUUGGUCCAGUACUGAGCGAGACCAUUGCAGCCGAAAUCCGUUAAACUGGCUACAAAAUAAUCCUUAUUGGGAAAUAUGUGCUUGUUUUUUCUCUGAAGUACUUUUGGAUGUUUAUACAUGCCCAUGUUGGAAGUGAAAAGAUUUAGUGUGAAUACAAUAAUUUUAUAGAACCACAGUUAUAUAAUUAGUACCAUACCACAAAUUAUAUGAAACUGUUAUGGAUUUGUAAUAAACACAUUUCAAUUUUGAUAUAAUAGGUGCAUGGUGCCAUUAGAGAGUGCCACAGCACAGCCACUAUGAGCAGUCACAAAGUGACCCUCCAUGUCAGCCCAACCCUCCCAACGGCAGAAACCUAGGGAGCCGGAGAGACGUUUCACUGAAGUACUUUAAUCAAGUCAAAUUAAGGUUAUUGUACUUUUACUUAAAUACUGAUGGAUUCCAAAGUAAACAUUGUCUUCUAUUUGUACUUAGACAUUGUUACGGCCACAUUGGCCUUUCAGUCGUCAUUGUGUGUGUGCUAUUAGUUUUGUCUGCCUUUGCUCUCAUUGGCCUGGUCCUGAAUAUUCCACUGUCUUCUGCCCCGUUUCUUUGUUACGUCUGAGCCGCGUAACAACAUGCACGUUUGAAUAAAAAGUAGGAUUGAAAGAAGGA